CCGCGGCACCGGAGGUGGGGAUACGAAAAGCCAGUCUCUUGUGAAACGUGCUCUGGUAAGGUUGGUAGCGCCGAGCCACUCUUUCUCUCUCUGUUGAUUCGCAUAUUGACGACGACAUUUUCUAUAUACCUAGUGUGGAUUUUUUUGGUGGUGUAGUGUUUGUGUUAAUUACUAGUGUAUGACGUGUGCCGACUUGUUGGAUUACGUGGUGAUUUUUGUGUGCUGUGUGCUUGGUUUCUUGAUCUAGUGUGAAUUUUUGUAUGAUGAGUUUUUAAUGAAGUAACAUGUAUCCGAGUGCUGGUAUGAACGCCGCGGCCGCAGCUGCGGUAGCUGCCGCACGACAUCCGGGUCCACCCCAGCCUGGACAACCCUUUAAAUUUACAGUGGGUGAAUCAUGUGAUAGGAUUAAAGAAGAAUUCAACUUUUUACAGGCUCAGUAUCAUAAUUUAAAAUUGGAAUGCGAAAAACUGGCAAGUGAAAAAAUUGAGAUUCAAAGACAUUACGUUAUGUAUUAUGAAAUGUCCUACGGAUUAAACGUUGAAAUGCACAAACAGACUGAAAUUGCAAAGAGACUGAACGCCAUAAUUGCACAAAUCCUGCCGUUCUUAUCGCAGGAACAUCAGCAGCAAGUUGCCACAGCGGUGGAAAGGGCUAAACAAGUAACAAUGACAGAACUGAAUGCUAUAAUUGGGCAACAACGGCCAGAUUUGCCCAGGCUGCUUCAGCAAAUGCACGCGCAACAAUUGCCGGCCCAUGCAGCCCCACCCAUUCCCAUGAUGCCUCAUCCAGGGCUGGCGGCACCCCCAAGCUCCGCGGCCAGUUUGUUGGGCCUUUCGGGCGGCCUGCCCGCCCAACAUCCCCUUUCGAUGCUAGCCUCGAAGCCGGACCUGCAUCGACCGGAUGACGUCAAAUCCAACAGCGGUAUCAACUCAGCCGAAGAGCGUCACAGAAGUUCCAUUUCCCCAGCAGAAAGGGAAAAGUACCGACCAAGAACUCCCCAAGAGCCAGAGUUAAAAAAGCCUAAAAAAGAAGAAAAAGAUACUGGUCACCACAGCGAUGGAGAAAAAAGCGACCAAGACCUCGUGGUAGAUGACGCUUCGGAAGACCCAGUUUCUCCACCCAAUGGAACUAACUCCCCCAGAGAGAACGGAAUAGAUAAACUUCCGAAAAAAGAACAUCCAGCGAACAAUUUUGUGUCAGGUCCGCACAGUCCGCGUUCGGGAACAUCUAGCAACGCCUCAACGCCGUCUACCAAAAAAAUGGAUAACGAAAAACCGACAACCCCGAUUUCCAAGAGCGUUACGCCAACUUCAGCUUCAGGAUCUUCAGCGGGUGGUAGCGGAAUGAAGCCGGUUGUGAAGCCGCCAGCUUUGGGGCAGUACCCGAACUAUUUGGCCAUGUCUAAUGGCGCGUCUCCACACGAUCUGCAAGCGGCCGCGGCGGCCGCAGCAGCUGGUUCCUAUGGCGGCCUGCAUAACAACAUACCGCCAUCUCUUAACAACUACCCAAGGCCCCCGCUGCAAGUUGGCUACGAUCCUCAUUCUCAGAUGAGGGCUCCCGUUGUUCCCGGACUGGGGAUACCCGGAGGAAAACCGGCAUAUUCGUUUCACGUAAGUGCCGACGGUCAAAUGCAACCGGUGCCCUUUCCGCCGGAUGCCCUUGUAGGACCUGGAAUCCCCCGUCAUGCAAGGCAGAUCAACACUUUAAGUCAUGGGGAAGUCGUGUGCGCAGUCACCAUCUCGAAUCCGACCAAGUACGUCUACACGGGCGGAAAAGGUUGCGUCAAGGUCUGGGAUAUUAGUCAACCUGGAUCUAAGAGUCCAGUCUCACAGUUAGAUUGUUUGCAAAGAGACAACUACAUUAGAUCCGUGAAACUGCUGCCGGACGGAAGGACCCUCAUCGUAGGGGGCGAAGCUAGCAACUUAUCAAUUUGGGACCUGGCGAGUCCCACGCCGCGCAUCAAGGCGGAGCUAACGUCAAGCGCGCCUGCGUGCUACGCAUUGGCGAUCUCGCCCGACUCGAAAGUCUGCUUUAGCUGCUGCUCGGACGGCAACAUCGCCGUCUGGGAUCUGCACAACCAAACGCUGGUGAGGCAGUUCCAAGGACACACGGAUGGCGCAUCGUGCAUAGAUAUAUCAGCAGACGGGACGAAAUUAUGGACAGGCGGCUUGGACAACACAGUGCGCAGCUGGGAUCUGCGCGAAGGCAGGCAGCUUCAGCAGCACGAUUUCAGUUCGCAGAUAUUCUCGUUGGGUUACUGUCCGACAGGCGAAUGGUUGGCUGUGGGCAUGGAGAACUCGAAUGUUGAGGUGUUGCACGCCUCAAAGCCCGACAAGUAUCAGUUGCAUCUGCACGAAAGCUGCGUGCUGAGUCUGAGAUUCGCCGCGUGCGGAAAAUGGUUUGUUUCUACUGGUAAAGAUAAUUUGCUGAACGCUUGGAGAACACCUUAUGGCGCUAGCAUAUUCCAGUCUAAGGAGUCGUCAAGCGUGUUGAGUUGUGACAUAUCUGCUGAUGAUAAAUACAUAGUUACCGGUUCCGGAGACAAAAAGGCGACGGUUUACGAAGUCAUCUAUUAAAGUAACCUUAUAAGUGUAGAUUAAAUUUAAAGAAAUUGUGAUAAUAAUCGUGUAAUAAACUACUUAUAACUGUCACCGAGACUAAGUGACAGUGAUCUGAUGUGAGAUAUACUAGAUAUUUAGUUAGAUUAUUCGGUGAUCUCCAUGACAUGCUUUUUUUAAUAAUUUAAUCAACUAUUUGUAAAUACUUUUAAUUUUAUAUUACGACAAGAUUUGUUGUUUUUACUCAAACGUUAUAGAUUUAACAAACUUAGUUUUAUUAGUUUUUAUUAAGACCCUUUAAUGUGUAAAUAUCACUUAUAAAUGCAAUGCACAUUGUUUUAUUUGUUAUUUAAUAUGUAGCAAGCAUGAUUUUAAAAUGCAUAAUUAAUUCUGGGACUUAUGAAAUUAUUUAACAUGUCAUAAAAUAUUUUUAUAAACCUAGUAAACAUUAUUCAACUGAAAUAUUUACUUAUUCUUUAUCGCCUUAGUUAUUGCUGUAAUAAAUGUAUAGAAACAUCAAGCUUUCAUUUCCCUUGCUGUGAAUAAGUAAAUAUUUUUAACUCAAAUUAAUUAUAAAAUAUUUUAUGAAUUCCCCACGGUUAAAUUACAAUUAAUGUAUAAUAUUAUAUAUUUGUAAUUGAGCAUAAUAAAAUUAUUUAAAGAAAAUAUCUUAAUGUUGCCUACAAGAAAAUGGUUUCAUUUUUGUACAUCAUGCAAAAUUAAAUGCUAUUUUUAUCACUUCAAAAGCUGGCCCACAAAAUUGUAUUUGUUAAAAAUAUGAAGAUAGUCUAUUUUGAUUUUGAUGACCAGGUUUUAAAAUGUAAAAGUUACACAUUGUCUUAUAAUAAGUGUGAUUUUUUUAGUAGAUAGCAUUUUAAUAAUUUUAAACCAAUAUUAGGUAAUAAUAAUUAUUUAUUCUUAUUUAAUUUUAACCAUUUAAAUUUAAUGAAACCGAAUUAUUUUUGUAUUAAAUACCGUAAAACUGUUUUAAUUUACAUUUUUGUUUAUUGUUUAAAAUUUUAUUCAACA